CUUGUUGGAAAGAUGAACAGGAAAGGUCAUCCCGUCAAGACCAAGUGGAACGAAAUUCAAGCACGAAUUUCUCCCAUUGUUGAACAAACCCCUGUGAUAUCGAACAAAAACCUCAAUGAUCUGUUCGGAGUGGAAGUGUUCUUCAAAUGUGAAAAUCUUCAAAUUACUGGAGCUUUCAAAAUCCGUGGAGCAACCAAUAUGGUUUUAAAAGCCUAUGAAGACAAGAAAUUGCACAAUGGUAUAAUUGGUUCAAGUAGUGGCAAUCAUGGAAUAGCCUUGGCAACUCUUGGGAGUGUCUUGAAAAUCCCAUGCGUGGUGGUGGUUGCUCCAAUUUGUCCGAAAAUCAAGGUGAAAAAGAUGAAGAAUCUUGGUGCUGAGAUUAUUUUCACACCUGGGAUGGAUUAUGGAGAUAGGGAACGAAUAACCAAUGAAAUUGCCUUGGCCAGAGGUUUAUUGAUCGUUCCAAGUGGAAAUAAUUUAGAUACUGUUGAAGGACAUGGUACUAUGGCAUUAGAGCUCAACUCUCAAGUGGGUGGAGAUCCUUUGGAUGCAAUUUUAGUGCCUGUGUGUACUGGUGGUAUGUUGGCCGGUUGUGCUCUAGCCACCAAAGACGUCAACCCUGCGUGCAAGAUCAUUGCUGUAGAACCUAAAGGAAAGUGCCUCGCUGAUAGUUUGAGAGCCAAAACAAUGCUCUGGCCAGGACCAAGAAAAUACCUGGAAACACGUGCAGAGGGACUCAAAACAGAAGCCGUUUUUCCCAUCCCGUUUGACAUUUGUUGUGAUCAUGUGGAACCUGAAGUGCUCACCGUCAGUGAUGACGAGAUGAUUCGAGGAAUUCGAUUAGCUGCGAUUGAGUUGAAGCUAGUCUUGGAAAUGCCAGCUGGUGCUGCCAUGGCAGCAGCCUUCCAAGUCAAAAAAUGCUUUCCUGAUGUAAAAAGACUUGGCGUGAUCCUUUGCGGCGGCAACAUUGAAAUGGAUGGUUUGAUGAAUGCUUUGGUUGAAUUUGAGCCAAAGCCAUAAGGGAAACUUUUGGAAUCAUAUUUUGGAACCAACCAUACGUACGCCCAUCUUGCUUUUUCUUGCCUUCUAAUCCUUGAAAGUGUUUUGGAAAUUAUCAAAAAUAAAGAUUGGUCAAAGAACUAAUGAA